AUGUCCAAAAGAUCGCAAGAUCAUAAAGAGGUGGCUCUUCCUUUGGAUGAACCCCAAUAUCAAGACAUUCUUCGGCAACUGCGAAAUAUGCCCGAAUUUGCUCAGCUUUUCCAAUUUGUUUCUUUCUUUAAAAAGAUGUUACGCGUCAACGAAGAAGUCAACAUUGAAGUCAUUGAAGAAGAACUUAUUGGAGUCGCAUUACCCACAGCAUUCCUUCAUACCCUACUUAUGAAUCUUCUUUUAAUUUUAUCACAUGUAAAGCGCACUGUCACUGAAGACACUCUGGACGCUGCUGCUUGGGAGGUUUACUCACAACAUAACGUUUCACCCAAUGAUAACCCAUUUGGAGUUUCUUCUGAUCCAGACGACCUCGAACAUUUUGAUUCUAUGAGUCCUCAAGAUAAGAUUCGUGUCCUUCACCAAUUAGUUCAUUGGGUCGUUAUAGCCCCUAAUUUCCGUGAAAAAUUUGACAAACUUUUGGCAGCUGAUCCCGAUACCCUGCCCCAAGCUUUUCGAAUUGAUCCCGUGGGAUGGAAAGGUGAAUUUGGCACAUACUAUCUUCUUGAUGAUAACCGACUUUACUUUUUUCAAGAUCAGCCACCAGAUUUGUCGCAGGUCGACCCACAGUUCACUUCAGGUCUAAAUAUCAAUUCCAAAAAUGGAACGAAGGAACCACCCAAAGAAAAAAAACCAUCUAUAGUUACUCAACCUGAUGAAGAGAUUAAAACCCCUUCUCCUUCUUCUUCAUCCACAAAAAAACGAAGACGUGAACCUUUGACUGCCGUGGCUCGCAAACGAAGAGCUAUUGCAGCCAAUAAACGGAAAAAGGCACUUGCUGCAGCUGCAGCUUUGGAAAAGGAGGCUGCUGUUGAUAAAGAAAAUGAAGAUGAAUCUAAAGAUGACAAUGGUAAUAAGUCUGAUACUGAACUUGAAGACAAAAUAAAUGAAGAAACCCCUCACUAUAUCUCCCUUUCUGAAGCGUUGAGUAAAGAGACUCCUGAAAGCGAACUCAUUUGGAGUUGUGUUUGUGUUACCCUUUCUGACUGGGAAGAGUUUAUUGCAAAUCUUAAGCAUAGCAAAAACCAGUAUGAUCGUCAGUUUUAUUCAUACCUUAACAAGGAGCUUCUCCCUGUUCUUCAGUCUUUUGAGGAAUCUCGGAUCGCAGCUGCCAAGGCCCGUCUUAAAAAUCGCGAGAAGCAAGUUCUUGUGGUCAACCGUAAAAGGUCAUCACGUCUUGAGGAACGUGCAACACGUGCAAAUCGUGAAGAAGAAAAUAAUAAGCAGGUUGAGUUUAUCAUGGCUGAGGAAACAAGAAUGAAAGAGCGUGAAAAGCGUCUUAAGUUGCGUGAUGAGCGCCGUGAAAAGGAAAAGGCUGAAAGAGAGGCCAAAGCUGCAGCCAAAGCUGCUAAGCUUGCAGCAAAACUUGCUUUUAAAAAUACCGCUGCUGCUGCUACUCCCACUGCUACUCCCACUGCUGCUCCCACUGCUUCUGUCAACUCUAAUUCUGCUGCUGUUAUAGCUGUUGUGGAAAGUGUUGACAGCAGUGCCACCCAAUCCAAGGCUAGUAGCGUUCGUUCUUCUCGAAGUACUUCACCAGCUACUUCAGCUUCUACCCGUCACAGCACACGCAGUAGUAGUCGUUUAUUGGAACGACAUCUUGCCAAUAAGGUUUUGGGAACUCCCAAGACUGAGGAGCCUAUCUUUGAAAAAAGUAAAAAUGUUGUCCCCCCUGAGAAUGAGCAUUGGACAUUUGAUUGCUACUGCGGUAUUCAUGGUGAAGAUUAUGAUGAUGGUACACCUGUAGUUGCUUGUGGAGGUUGCGAGAUUUGGCUCCACGUUGGGUGUUUGCAUCAUAGCGAAUAUGAGCGAUUACAAAUUGCAACUGAGAACGAGCAAAAGCUCAAGGAACGACGCGAUGGUAUUUCCAAAGAAGUCACCAAAAAGGAAGAAGAUGGAACCAAGGAAAUGCUAAAAGAGGAACCGGAAGAGAAAUCUAUUACUCUUGUUUCUGAUGAUACCCUAAGUCUUGAAAAAGGGCCCGAAGAGGAUCUGAGUACUGAGUUUCUAUGUGAUCGGUGCGUAAGAAUUCGCACGUAUCGGGAAAAGAAGCUUAAAAGAGAGGCGCGUCUUGCAGAAAUAGAAGCUGCAAAGGCUGCAGUUAAGGCGGAGCGUAGAGCCGAACGCGAAAAAGCUAAAGUUGAAGCAAGAGCUCAGGCUAAGGCUGAGGCGGUAGAGCAGGCAAAGGCAAGAGCCGAAGCCAAAGCUCAAGCCAAACAGGAAGCCAAGAUGGCCAAAGAGCAAGCCAAACAAGCUAAAAAUGAGGAAAAGAUGGCCAAAGCUCAGGCAAAACUUGCAAAGGCCCAAGCUAAGGCUCAAGCACAGGCUCAAGCACAGGCAAAAGCACAGGCUAAAGCUAAAUCCAAAGUUAAAGCACAGGCUCCAGUUGUGGUUGCAACUCAGAUCCAAGGCCAAACUCCAGCUUUUGUACAGCAAUCAGCACCUCAAUACAUUGGUGGACCUGCACCAAACCCGUCACAAUUUGUUCAAACCUACCCACAUUCAGCUCCUAUUGCUCAAUACAAUACAGUCCCGGCUACAGUUUCGACGCCUUACAGCUUACAAGCAGCAGCAUCUAAUGUAAUUCCAAAUACGUCACCAGGCGGUAUUUCUUUGAAUCAUAGUGUCAUGUCUACUGCUGCAACUGCUGUAGUUGCCGCACCUGCGCCAUCUUUGCCCAACACUUCCAUAACUACAACACUUAUGGGUUCUUUGUUAGCCGCCCCAGAAAGCCUCUCUUCUUCACAGCUACAACAAUUACAACAAAUACAACAACUUCAACAACCACAACCACAACCACAACCACAAGUGCAAGUGCAACAACCAUACUCUGGCCAGGGAUUUUCGAUAAACCCAGGAUUCGCUAUAACUGUUCCAGUGGCCCACCCUCAGGUUCUUCCCCCCCAGGUGCCUCAGGCUGCCUUUGUUGAACCAGCUGCAGCAGUGCCCAUGGUUCCCGGUACCAAUACAACCCUGACGGAUCCCAUUCACCCGGGACCUCCAAAUGGUGUUUAA